AUGAAAGUCAAUAAUGUUGUUGGUAGAUUUUCUCGUAGUAGUUCAACUCGAGCUCCAUCCAAGAAAAAUUCUGUACUCCCAAAAUCAUCCUAUUCUACACCAAACACCUGUAGCUCCCCGCGGAGUCCUACUUUUCAUGCCGAUCAAAAAUCACCUAAUUAUCAAAGGAGCCCUAAAAUUUCUAAAAUGGGUAUAAAUUCUCCUAAAGUAUCCCUCAGCAGUCCCAGUCAGACUGAAAAAAUAUUCAAUUUCGCUGAAACUGAUUUUAGACCAAACAAGUCUCCAAGGUCGCCAAGAUCACCGAAGAAAUUCAACUACGAUGACGGUCCUAGAGAUACUCCAGGUUCCAGUGACAGUAAUGGAUAUUACUUCAAUCUAGCCUCACCACCAAAAAAAUCAGGAGUGAGCAAUCGCCAGAUGUACCAGUCUUCAAAAAGCGAUUCUAUGAACUCUACCAAAUCUAGUUUAGAAUAUUCUUCUACCACCCAACAUCCAACAGGAGCAUACCAAGAUAUUCAAUACAAAGUCUGUCAUUCCUUGGAUUCCGAUACACAAUCACAAACCACAUCCAGCUAUCGACAUUCCUCUACAAGUCUCAGCUCAAGACACUCAUCUAUAAAAGAGAAGAGAAAACCAAGAUGCAAUAUACGGACAAAUCCAGGUUAUGAUGAUCGAUAUUCUUCCUGUAAAUCUAUUAAUGAGUAUGAGGGAAGCAACAAAACUUUAAAAAGAUUUGAUUGCCGGAAAUCCACCUCCGAUUUAACAGAUAUGACAGACGAUGUGGCUCAUACAAUGACCACGUCAUUAAGCAGACCCAGCUCUCCGAGAAGAAAGGGAUCUGUAAAGGGUCUUGCAUAUUUAGCGUCCAGGCGCAGCUCCAGAGAUUCCAUUGCCUCCAAUAUGUCAAAUGUAUCGUACGAAGAUAUAGGUCCUCUGAAUUUCCAAAAUACUGUUCGAGGUCGACAAAGGAGAACUUCUAAUUUCUUAGAAUUGCCAGUUCCAGAUCAUAUCAGACCGAGAGUGUGUUCUCUGCCGGAGAAACCCUACAAUCCCCGUCUAAAUGAUGACCUAUAUCGAUUGCGAACAUUCAGCAUUACGAACAAGGGUGGAGUUGUGAACUGUGGGGAUUCCAUAAUUAACAGAAGAUCCAGGUCGAAUACUAGUGUCAAUUCUACAGCCAGCAGAGCCAGUAACGUUUCUGGAGAAAGAUCGCCGUUUGAAGGGUCCUGCUGCGGUUCAGGUUAUCAUACGGUUGAUUCGACACCACUGGGAUCGCCCGAAGAAGUCGAAGUUCCAAAAUACAGAGUAGUUAUGUUAGGUGAUGCUGGUGUUGGGAAAACUGCACUUGUAUCGCAAUUCAUGACAUCUGAGUAUAUGAAUACAUACGAUGCAAGCUUAGAUGAUGAAUUUGGAGAACGGACCGUAUCGGUAUUACUAGAUGGAGAAGAAUCCGAAAUGAUAUUCAUCGACCAUCCUUCUUCUGAGAUGUCGGUGGAAAAUUCUUUGAGUACUUACGAACCUCACGCGUGUGUCAUGAUAUAUUCAGUGGUAUCCAGAUCUAGUUUUCAACAUGCUGAAGAAACAUUAAACUACCUAUGGCGAGAAGGUUAUACCCAAGAAAAAAGCGUUAUUGUAGUAGGAAAUAAGGCGGAUUUAGCACGUGCUAGAGUAAUUUCUCCAAACGAAGGAAAAUCGCUGGCAGUGGCAAGAGACUGCAAAUUCAUAGAGACAUCUAGUGGAAUUCAGCACAAUGUUGAUGAGCUUCUUGUCGGUAUCCUAAAACAAAUUAGACUGAGAGAAUCGAGAGAAAAGAAGAAAGCCACGUUGAAGAAGGACAACCAUAAAAUACACGGUUCGAAGACAAGUCUGAGUUUAAAUAUAGCUAGAGAGAUUCUUCAGAAAAUAUGUUUAAAUGAUAUCAGUAAAUCAAAAUCCUGUGAAAAUUUACAUGUUUUAUAAAUAUAUUGUAGUGAAAAAAUACAUAUUUUUCUAAAAAUGCAAA